AUGUGCUGUUAUCCAUCAGGGAGGGAUCGACGUCGGCUUGAGCGUGGAUUCUGGUCGGAAGUCGAGAGGAAUGCCUUAGUCUUGAAGACACUCGACUACAAGGACAUCGAUUUUCAGCAACACAAGGAAGAUUAUGAGUGGGGCGACUAUAACAGCGACUCGGAUGCGAGAAUCGACCGCAGGAAAUUCAUACCUUAUACCAAGAGGACCGAGAUACACAGAAUGCGCGUCCACUUUGCUACCCAUCCAGACGUCGAAAUCUACUCGAAUGAUCCAGAUAUACCCGAUAUUCAGGUCCAUUUGAUCUCUGAGACUGUAAGAAAAUUUAGCUACGCCUCUCGGAGCAAGAGCGACGACUGCUACUACAUCACCGCCUAUCGUGACCGGCUGCAAGAAUCGUUCGCCAUAGCCAAACUUGAGAUGGAUCUAACGUCAAUUGACGGAACGCUGCCGGAUAGUAAUGCAGUCUGUGUACAUAAGCAUGCGGAAUGGUUGAGGGAAGCAAAGAACCGGAGAGCCAUACGAGUGGGGAUGAAGAUAUUGAAUGAUCUGCGCUGGGCGAAUACUUCCUCGAUGAGGCAUUCGAUGACACUGAGGACGGGAGACAUGGCCUCGAAGCGGGUGUGGACAGAUCAUGCCCUUCUGUACCGCAAUGUGCUCGAGAAAGAGGUAUCGAAGAGAUGUGGCUGUACCACUUCUGACCGUGAUUCGCCCCAGGUCAUGAUUCUUCUCCAUUUUCCUGGUUCGCUCCUGGAACGCUUACGCGAUGGAACCUGGAUAGAAUACCACACGGAGUCAAUCUCGGAUAGAGGGGUACGACUGUCACAACUCGCAAUCACCUUGCAAAGUGCUCAGUUCAAGCCAAAGUUACACAGUCUUGGGUUCUUCCGAACGACUCGCGUGUUCCUUGAGUUGAAGCCAAUCGUAGGCGAAACAUGCUGUAUCUGCUUAGAUCCAUACGGCCCCGGCCAUAGGGCCGUACGCGUGCAUUUCAGAGCAUGCAUGCACACCUUUGGUCGAUCAUGCCUCGAUAGCUGGCUGGAAAGCGGCAGUCCAAUGAGCCACUGCUGCCCGACUUGUCGGAAGCAAUGGUAUACUCCAAGCCCUGAUAUGGACGACAUAAGACAAUCUGUAGCAGGCCGCUUGACGGCAACGCUCACCUUCUUGCGCAGUCGCGUUAAUCGUAAUCGGUCCGCAGCGGCUGGAGUGCACAAUGCCACCGACAGCGUCUCUGGCCUUCCGCUCGGGGCCACCGCGCAGGAGAUCAUGGAGAGAAUAUCUGAGGACCUUGCGCGACUUGAAAACAUGGAUUUCGAAAAUCUGGGUAACUCACAAUACGUCCAAGAACAGCUGCGGAAUCUUGAAGUUCGCUUCGAGCUGCUUCGCCAAAGCAUGCAGGACUCGCAAGCGUCAAGGAGGACCUCUUCUCAAUUCAACGUCCUCGGACAUCCGCCACGCUCUUUCGAUGAUCUUAUUGGCAUAGGUCCAGCGACAAACCGAUUCCCAGUCAACUUCCAUCGAGGCCGCGAUUCUAUGGGGAGUUUAGAGCGACCCCAAAGCCAGCGUCCUGGCUACCAGCGGAAUCCCUCCCCGCCACGGUACGAAGCAAGAACUAGAUCGUCUACAAACACAACAAUAAGAACACUCAGACCCAACUUCGCUACUGAAACAUUUCCUCCAGAGUAUGAUGAGUCGGGUGGGCUGGGUCAAUCAAAUGAUGCGUUAGUUCAGCUGCAGACAUUUCUGGACAGCUACACGGUUUCAAGCUCCGCAGAAGAAGCACCAAGCAACACUGCAGCGGCGGCUGGUGAAGCGUCAACUUCUCGUAGAGUACAGUUUAAUAUCAGGCCGAGUUUGCAGGGAAUCAGCCCAGAUACAAGAGCGCGCAUGGCCCAGAUACCUGACACAUCUGGAGUUCAACAUAGGUCAUCUCUAAUCCACUACUCGCUUUAG